AUGACCAAAUGGGAAGCCCCAAGUCCCUCAUGGCACAAAUUAAACUUUGACAAGGCAGCCCACAAUAACAGGCAAGCGGGAGGUGAUGUUAUAUGGGAUCAUCAAGGUGGUCUUAUUGCUGCCUUUGAAGGAAGCCCGAGGAAUCAUAUUGUCAAUCAAGCUAAGGGAACGGCCCUUUUAUGGGGAAUGAAGUUUUCCACUACCAUAGGUAUCAGGCGACUUGAAAUUGAAGGGGAUUCAAAAAUAAUUAUUGAGGUUGUCAAGGGUAGAACUGCGGUGGGUUGGAAGGUGGAUGCGAUUAUGAGGAAUACCAGAAUUCUUCUAGCUAAUCUCAACAACUUCACUAUCUACCACAUUUAUAGAGAAGGAAAUGUGGUUGUUGACUCAAUGGUUGCUGUCGACAUGCUGCAAGAAGGCUUACGUUGUUGGAGGAGCUCUGAACCAUUGCUAGUGAUCACCAAGGAGAUCUUGGAGAAAGAAAAGACUAAGUCUUAA